AGAAGCCCCCAUCACGAAUGCGCCAAUAGCGCUCUAAGCUGUCGCCGUCUCUCUUAUCGAGGUUGUGUGUGUGUGUAUGGAGCUUGCGAAUGGAAUGACCUGGCCUGAGAAUGAUUCCUCCUCUCCCUCUUUCUACCUUUCCCUUCAUUGUCAACGGCUCGAAUUUAGCAGUUAUUCUCGAAGCCUGCGCCAGGAGUGAUGUCCGGAUGCAAUGGUAGGAUGAUGAAAUGGGCUUUCGGAGCCUCUGCUUCUCUCUUCUCACCUUGCGACGGUCUUCGACCUUCGCCUCGCUCACUUCUGUUGUCGAGUCCCGCCCACCCGAGCCGGCACCGCCCCGCUUUGGAGGCGGACUUGGAAAAGGCGUCUGCCACUUCGUAUGCACAUAUCCCGCAUGAGAAAAAAACAUGUGAAAGGUCAAUUUAGGUAUAAUCGGUUUCCUGGGAAAGUAGACGCCCCUCAUCCGCGGAGGACGACACGGCGGUGUCGGGCAAACAUCGUUGAUGUGUAUGCAUACCGCCAAUAAUAACGGGUCAUCAAAAGAAGAAGAAAGGGUUUCCUUUUUCCUCCCUCCUCGCCUCCUCUACACAUGAAAUUAUUAUUAUUAUUAUUAUCUUCGCGCACUGCAACCGUGGUAGUAGCAAACUACCGAGCACGCGUACACACACACACACACACACAACAUCAGGAAGCAAAACAAGUAGUGGAAACAAAAGGAAAGGGAAGAAAGGACGAUGGAAAACUACAAUUCGCAGAACGGCCAGAAGGACGCGGUACCGGCGGUGGUGCUAGACUUCAACAACGAUACGACGGAGGGGUCGACGCUCCAGUACCCGCAGGCGUUGCCGGCCGCCGCUCUCGUCCCCCCUCCCCCGACCCCUUCCGCGCCAGCAAAGAAGCUCGACGACAGCGGGGAAGAGGCAUCUUCGCAUCCGCGCAGCGAGGGGCCGGUUCCACCCACCGGCCCGCGCGACUUCUCCGAUGGCAUCUUCGACUGCGCGAACAGCUGGUCCAUCUGCGCGGACGCCUGUUGCUGCACGUACUGCAUCGUCAGUGCCCAGCACAACCUUAUUGUGAAUGAGCAAGAGGGCAUCUUCUGGCCACUGUGCUGCGGGCUUCUUUGCGUCGACGUUGGGCUGACCGUCAUCUCUCCGUACCUGCCCAGCUCUCUCUUCUUCCACACCUGCUUCAUGCGGCACGCCCUGCGUCAGCGCUAUCACCUGCGCAGCGAGGAGGAGGGCGUCGACCGCAGCAACAGCAGCGGCGGUGGGUCGUGCAACAAGGAGUUCGUGAAGGACUUCUUGACGGUGUGCUUCUGCCUCUCCUGCGUCAUCGCGCAGCAUCAGCGGGAGAUUCUUCAGCAGGGUGACUGGUGCGGCGGCGUCCUCAGCGACCGCCACGCGCUGCAGGCGCCUGGGACGACGCACACCGUCUGA